CUCUCUGUCUCUCUCUCUGUCUCUCUCUCUCUCUCUCAUCCAUGGCUCUCGACAAUGAAGCGAAGCCCGAGGCCAUGCAUGGCUCCACGCCGAUAUCCAAGGCGCCAAGAAAUCAGGUCCUAUUGGCACUGAGGCUGGUCGCCUUCUUCGCAACGGCGGCGGCGACGGUUGUCAUGGCACUCAACAAGCAGACCAAGACGAUGGUAGUCGCGACCAUUGGGAGUACGCCGAUAAAGGCCACCCUCAGUGCCAAGUUCCAACACACCCCGGCGUUUGUGUACUUCGUGAUAGCGAAUGGAAUGGCCAGUCUACAUAACUUGCUUAUGAUAGUCGUUGAAAUUUGGGGUGAUAAGUUCGAUUACAAGGGAUUGCGUCUUGUGAUAAUUGCCAUUCUUGACAUGAUGACAGUGGCUUUAGCCUCCGGAGGCGACGGCGCAGCCACGUUCAUGGCGGAGUUAGGGAAGAACGGGAACUCCCACGCGAGGUGGAACAAGAUCUGCGACAAGUUCGGGUCCUUCUGCGACCACGGCAGCGGCGCCAUAAUCUCUUCCUUCGCCGGCCUGCUCCUCCUGGUGAUCAUCACCGCGAUGUCCAUCGGCAGGCUGGCGAAGCCAAGACCCGCCACUCUCUCCCCUGUAUAGAGAUUUGGGUAAACCGUGGAUCGAUCUUUUUCCUCGGAUCACUUGUCUCCCUUUGGUGUGUGGACGGCCUCCGUUUUGAGUGUCAUGUCCUACCUUGGAUCCUUUUCGAUGUUCUACCCUUUUCUUGUGUUGUAAUAACAUGGUUUUGUGUUCUAUUAAUAUGCUUUUCUUUUC